CUCAGUAAAGUUAAUAGUUAAUUUGGCGCAGAAGCUAUAACCUAAAAAAGCAUUUGACAAAUGCCUUAAAUUUGUUUGUAAACUUUGUAAUGUAUGUUAGCGAAGUGUAGAAUAAUUGAUGUCUUAUGCUACCCAACAAGAUGAUAACCUUAUCACAAAGACUAAAAAAACAACAAGACCAAAACACCACAAAUAGCAGGAUUUCAAUAAGAGAUAAGCUAUUGAUCAAAGAGGUGCAAGAGAUGUUGUUACCUACCAAUUGUACAGUUAGCUAUGAUAACGUUAAUGAUUUAAGUUCAUUUAUGUUAAUUGUGAAACCUAUUGAAGGGUAUUGGCAAGGAGGGAAGUUCCGAUUUGCAAUAGAAGUCCCAGAAGAAUAUAAUAUGGUUCCUCCAAAAGUUAAGUGCCUGACAAAACUUUGGCAUCCAAAUAUAAAUGAAUCAGGUGAAGUAUGCUUGUCAUUAUUGAGACAGCAUAGUGUUGACGGGUUAGGUUGGUCUCCUAUCAGGAAACUGAAUGAUGUUGUAUGGGGCUUGCAUGAUUUAUUUACAGAUUUAUUAAAUUUUGAUGACCCAUUAAAUCCUGAUGCAGCAGAUAUGUAUUACAAUUCAAAGGAGGUGUUUCACAAAAAGGUCUGUGAAUAUGUAAACAUGUAUGGAAGGGAUUGAGUAAAAAAUGUGAUUAAGAUAUAUUAGUUUAGGGACAUUAUGAUGUGCAAAAUUCAAAUAUCUAUGAGCUCGAUAUUGUAAGGGAAAUAAUUACUUCACUUUUCCCAUUUCUCAAUGUGCAACGUGUGUGUCUUAAAUGUUGUUUUUUUUAUUAUUAUUAAUUUUGUUCUUGAACUUUGGAUAUUUCUUUUAUAUAUGUGUAAGGUUUCAAAUGAAAUUUUUCAUU